GAUUCCGAGAAGCGAACCCCUCUUCAUGUGGCUGCGUUUCUGGGGGAUGCAGAGAUCAUUGAACUCCUGAUUCUGUCAGGAGCUCGCGUAAAUGCCAAGGACAACAUGUGGCUGACCCCACUGCACCGGGCUGUUGCCUCCAGAAGCGAAGAAGCAGUGCAAGUAUUGAUUAAGCACUCUGCUGAUGUCAACGCGAGGGACAAGAACUGGCAGACCCCCCUCCACGUGGCAGCUGCCAAUAAGGCUGUCAAGUGUGCAGAAGUGAUCAUUCCCCUGCUGAGUAGCGUCAACGUCUCUGACCGAGGGGGGCGCACAGCCUUGCACCAUGCUGCCCUGAAUGGCCACGUGGAGAUGGUCAACUUACUCUUGGCCAGAGGAGCAAACAUCAAUGCAUUUGACAAAAAGGACCGGCGUGCUCUGCACUGGGCAGCAUAUAUGGGCCACCUGGACGUUGUGGCAUUGCUCAUUAACCACGGCGCAGAAGUGACUUGUAAGGAUAAGAAGGGUUAUACCCCCCUGCACGCUGCAGCCUCCAAUGGACAGAUCAGUGUGGUCAAACAUCUCCUGAAUCUGGGGGUGGAGAUCGAUGAAAUCAACAUCUAUGGAAACACAGCCCUUCACCUGGCCUGCUACAACGGGCAGGAUACUGUAGUUAACGAGCUGACUGACUACGGUGCUAACGUGAACCAGCCCAACAACAGCGGGUUCACCCCUUUGCAUUUCGCUGCUGCCUCCACACACGGUGCUUUGUGUCUUGAACUGUUAGUAAACAACGGGGCGGAUGUUAACAUCCAGAGUAAAGAUGGCAAAAGUCCACUGCACAUGACAGCUGUCCAUGGAAGGUUCACACGGUCACAAACCCUUAUUCAGAAUGGAGGUGAAAUUGACUGUGUGGAUAAGGAUGGCAACACUCCUCUCCACGUGGCUGCAAGAUAUGGUCACGAGCUUUUGAUUAACACCUUAAUAACCAGCGGAGCUGACACAGCCAAGUGUGGAAUCCAUAGCAUGUUCCCCUUACAUUUAGCUGCUCUAAAUGCUCACUCCGACUGCUGCAGAAAGCUGCUAUCAUCGGGCUUUGAAAUAGACACCCCAGAUAAAUUUGGAAGAACGUGCCUUCAUGCUGCUGCUGCAGGAGGUAAUGUGGAAUGUAUAAAACUCUUGCAGAGCAGCGGAGCAGAUUUCCAUAAAAAGGACAAGUGUGGGAGGACGCCUUUGCACUAUGCAGCUGCAAAUUGUCAUUUCCACUGUAUUGAGACAUUAGUGACCACAGGGGCCAAUGUUAAUGAGACGGAUGACUGGGGACGGACAGCUUUGCACUACGCUGCUGCGUCAGACAUGGAUAGAAAUAAGACUAUCUUGGGAAAUGCCCAUGAAAAUUCAGAAGAACUUGAAAGAGCCAGAGAGCUGAAGGAAAAGGAAGCCGCAUUAUGUCUAGAGUUUCUGCUUCAAAAUGAUGCAAAUCCAUCUAUCCGGGACAAAGAAGGAUACAAUAGCAUACAUUAUGCUGCAGCCUAUGGCCACAGACAGUGUCUGGAAUUGCUUUUGGAAAGAACCAACAAUGGUUUUGAAGAAUCUGACUCUGGUGCUACUAAGAGUCCGCUCCACUUAGCUGCCUACAACGGGCACCACCAAGCCCUGGAAGUCCUUCUGCAGUCACUGGUGGACCUGGACAUCAGGGAUGAGAAAGGCCGCACCGCGCUGGACCUGGCUGCCUUUAAGGGACACACAGAAUGUGUGGAAGCACUUAUCAAUCAGGGCGCAUCCAUCUUUGUGAAAGACAGUGUAACCAAAAGAACCCCACUUCAUGCCUCAGUAAUUAAUGGUCACACACUGUGUUUGCGGCUCUUACUAGAAAUUGCAGACAACCCAGAAGCGAUUGACGUGAAGGACGCCAAAGGACAAACCCCACUGAUGCUUGCAGUAGCGUAUGGACACAUUGAUGCUGUUUCAUUGUUACUUGAAAAGGAAGCAAAUGUGGAUGCUGUUGACAUCAUGGGCUGCACAGCUUUACACAGAGGGAUUAUGACAGGCCAUGAGGAAUGUGUGCAAAUGCUGCUGGAACAAGAAGUGUCGAUUCUCUGUAAAGAUUCCAGAGGGAGGACACCCCUGCACUAUGCAGCUGCUCGUGGCCAUGCCACGUGGCUGAGUGAGCUGCUCCAGAUGGCACUUUCCGAGGAGGACUGUUCUUUCAAAGAUAACCAAGGAUACACGCCACUGCACUGGGCUUGUUACAAUGGUAAUGAAAACUGUAUAGAGGUACUUUUGGAGCAGAAAUGUUUUCGAAAAUUUAUCGGUAAUCCCUUUACUCCACUGCACUGUGCAAUAAUAAAUGAUCAUGAGAAUUGUGCAUCAUUGCUACUUGGAGCCAUAGAUUCCAGUAUUGUCAACUGCAGAGAUGACAAAGGCAGGACACCACUUCAUGCGGCGGCAUUUGCGGAUCACGUGGAGUGCUUGCAGCUGCUUCUGAGACACAGCGCCGAGGUGAACGCAGCUGACCAUUCAGGGAAAACAGCACUGAUGAUGGCUGCUGAGAACGGGCAGGCGGGCGCUGUGGAUAUCUUGGUGAACAUUGCCCAGGCUGAUCUGACUGUAAAGGAUAAAGACUUGAACACAUCCUUACAUUUGGCUAGUAGCAAAGGUCAUGAAAAAUGUGCCUUGUUAAUACUUGACAAGAUACAGGACGAGAGCCUUAUUAAUGCAAAAAAUAACGCACUGCAGACACCCCUCCACGUUGCUGCACGAAAUGGCUUGAAGGUGGUAGUUGAGGAGUUGUUGGCCAAAGGGGCCUGUGUACUUGCUGUAGAUGAAAACGGUCAUACCCCGGCCCUGGCUUGCGCUCCUAACAAAGACGUGGCUGACUGCCUGGCCCUCAUUUUGGCUACCAUGAUGCCUUUUUCUCCUUCCAGUACAAUGACGGCUGUCAACUUCGUUUGUUUUAAAAAAGACAAUUUGAGCAGGACGACCCUCUCCAAUCUGGGUAGCAUGGUUAGCCUGUGCAGUAACAACGUAGGCUCAGAGGACGGGUACAAUGAAAAUGAUUCUGAUUCAGAAACGUUUUGACUUUGGACUAUAGAAGCUUUUCCCUCAUCACCCAUAUUGGAAGAAGGGAAAGAAACUUGACUUCCAGGUUUAUAUAUUGUGUUCAAGUAUUAUUGUGGGCCUGGGCUUCCAGAAGCCUGUAGAGAAGGAAUUAAUCAAAGCCAGAGAGGGCAGCUAGACUGUAGGACAAAGCACUCACACAGAUGUGCCCCAACUUUUAUUUGCUUUUAUGUUUUCCUUAGAUCUAAAAUAUUUCUGUGAAAGUCUACCUCUCAUUUUAAAUAAGAAGUACAAAAUGCAUAUAAUUCUUUUUCUUUUGGCAUAAUGCAAUUGAGAGGGAGCGGUUCUCUAUAAAGAAUUUUUUUUCAUAUACUCACCCAGCAGUGAGUUCUAAGAAAUAUAUCAGUGAGACAUUCAUGUCCCCCAAAAGAGGAGGGAAGGUGUGGGUAGGAAUUGCCUCAAAUCUCUUCUCACUUUGAUGUUUACUUCCUUACUAGAAGCCAAAGGUAAAGGUGUUCAUCUUCAGAAAUGAUGCCUGUAACAAUCUUAAGGGAGUCCGAUUAUUCAUAUAUCCUCUCUAUAAUAUGCACUUAAAUAUCCAGGACUUCUUUCCAAGAAUUUUGUUAAAGUUGCCAGAUGAAUGGAAAAACUCACUGAAAAUUGAAGUUGCUUUUUUCAUUUAACACAAAUAUGGCACCGAAUACUCCCUGUAACAAGUCCGUGACUAGUUUUCACCCGACUGAUUGAAUCCAAUCUAUCUAUCUAAUAAAAGUUCAGGUGAAAAGUUGUAUUGCACCAAAACUUUGAGACAUAUGCAAAUUUAAUACAAAACUACCCCUUAUUUAUUUGUUAACUCAUCCUUAAGUCAGAAUGCUAACUUUUUAAAAAACAUCAGAACCAUCGAAGUUGUUUAUCAAUAGUAAAAUGUUAAAUGAGCUUCUCAGUCAAGGUCAUGCCAAGUGAGUGGACGUGUGACUGCAAAAGGAAACAAAGAAGGUGAAAGCAGAAGGUAGAAAUGGGUGAUUUGGAAAUUAAAGCCAAUUGGUAGUUACUUGAUGAUCAAAUCAACAUAGUGAAUACUGUGUCUGCUCCCUCUGCCAAAGCUUCUAGGUCAAAUGGACCCCGUUCUGCACCUGGAAUAGCCGUACAAAAAGAAGAAUGAGACUCUUUAAACAUUAUGCACACACACACGCACACAUAUAUGUAUAUAUAUAUAUAUAUAUAUGUGUAUAUAUAUGUCUGUAAUUCAUCAACCAGCUAUACGGGAGGACCAAAAUGCUUCAGUCUAAAGUGGAAGAAUUUAAUUGUUUUCCUUCAAAGGGGAAAUGAGAACUGAAGUAGCUUUUCUAUGGAGUUCAAAUGUAAUCUUUUUGUGUAACAGUCUUUGUCGUAUUUUAUAUUUCUUAUGACACAGAUUUCUAGUUGGUGGCUUAACAUUUGUAACUGAGGAUGCGUUGACCAAGGCUUAUUUUUUUUUUUUUUUU